UGAACUUGUUCUGUUUUUAAUAAAACACCUGCCAUUUUCAAAUUUAGGGUGUAAUAUACAUAAUAAUUAUUUUGUAGUGGCGGUAACUAUGGUAAUCAUUUAUUUCCCAAAAAAAAACCAAACUAAAAUUCAUUUUUUUCCACACUUGUAACAAAAAAUCUUGUUUAACAAUUAAGAAAAGUUUUAUUAAUUAAUAAAUCAACAUGAAAUUUGUUCCAUUACACGCCACAAAUACCGCUAUUAUUUAUAAAAAUUCCAUUUGUUCUGCGGCUACUUUAUUGGUGCUGACAUUUUUAGUUCUCUCUGUAAUGAUACCGGUCCUUUUGGUAUCAUUACUAAGUCCUUACUCGGGCAUAGCAGAAUCUCGCGUUUUAUAUGAACAGCCUCAGGUGCAGUUCAAAUAUCAAUCGAUAUUUUUAGCUGAAACUAUGAAAAGUGCAAAGCAGGAAUCUGAAGUGUUUGUCUGCAGUACAUUUCCAAAUUUGAAUAACGCUUUGGCUAAUGAUGAUAAUGACAAAUGUGAAGGCAUUAAGUAUUGGACGGAUGAUUUGGAUUAUGAUGGCAAUGUGGAUCGAGUUUAUUUUGUGCAGCACAUGGAAUCAUUAAAACAAAAACUGAUUUCGUUUGAUAUAGCUUUAUUUUUUGAGGCCAGCUUAAAGCAUAAAUGCUCUUUAUCUCCUCCCGCUUUGCUAAUACAUCACAUAGACUUGCCUCUGGCUUCCCAACUAACCAGCGGAGUCAUUGUAGUACGUGCCGAUCUUAUGCUAAAACAAUAUGUAGAAUUUACCUGUCCUUUUCCCGGCCGCAAUACUAAAACCUCUUUUCGUAAUAUAAAAUUGAAUACAAACACUUCUCAGACGCAACAAUUUCAAACGGAAAACAUGUGGAAUCAGGUGAAAUCAAAUCCUGCCUUCUUUCAGCUAGACCUUCAAGAAACUUAUGUGCGCAAAUCCCCUGCUGAGCAGGGUCUUACUUUACAAUUGGAUUUGGAUAUUUUACAAUUGGGUGCCCGUUAUCAUUUGAGCAUAUGGGAGAGAUUGGGACAGUUUUGGUUAUAUUUUGCCUCCUUUUUUGGUAUUUCGUUUUAUAUCAUGAAUAAGGUAAAGGAUUUUCUAUUCGGUCAUCAUAUUGUUCGUUCUUGGGAAAUUAUACCCUGGAAGAAAUUAUACUGACAUAGGAAUGGAGAGCGCAUUUAUUUGGACGAUUAUUCGGAAACAAGUGUGUUUUAAUAACUUGUCAUUAAUAUAAGUAUUUAUUAUUGAAUCAAUUCUAAAAUUGGAGAUUCAAUCUAAAAUUAAAAACUUUUUUUCAUAAAUUUGUUGUUUCAUUUUUAUUUAUAAUAUACGCACAAGUUAUGCAUAUGCGUUUUUCACCAAAAAUAAUUUAAUUAACAAAUUUUCAAAUUAUUUAAAAAAAUAAUUAUUAUAUGCACUUAUUAUGUAGAUUAGAAAAAGUGGGUAGGUGUAACGGAGAGGGGAAAAGGGGAUUUAUUUAAGGUUUUACAAUAACUACACAAACAUUUAUUUAUAAAAUUCACUAUAAUUUCAAAAAAUAUGUUUAUAUUUUACAAAAAUAAUAAAGUUUUUCAAAAUAAUU